AUGGAGGAGUGGAAAGAAACGUGCAAGACAGAGAGAAGAAGAAAAGACACAAACGACAGAAAGACCAUAAAAACAGUUUUGGACAAGAAAACGCUUGAAAUAAUCAAUAAGUUGAAGAAGCAGGAGAUGAUCUUGGAGAUGCACGGGGCUGUUAGCAUGGGCAAAGAAGCGUGUGUGUACUUGGCAACCGCCUCUCCAAGCAUCUGGAGCAAACUCUGCAAAAAGCCUCUGCUUGCGUGCGAGAAGGAAAUAAGCGUGGCCGUGAAGAUAUACAAAACGUCGGCCAUGGUCUUCAAAGACCGAGAGCGGUACUUGGUUGGCGAAAGAAGGUUCCGGUCGUAUCCCCGCGGGAACUCUCGAAAGCUGGUGAAGAUAUGGGCGGAGAAGGAGGUUAGAAACCUCAACCGGCUGCAGAAGGCAGGCAUACCCUCGCCCAAGCCUCUUUUUCUGCGCCGAAACAUUCUUAUCAUGACGAUGAUUGGAAACUGCACAGGCCUAAAGAGCAUGAGCACCACGCCGGACAGCGCUUCUCCCAGCCGGAUUCCUAUCGACGACAUGGAGUACGAAAGCUUUGACACAACAGAGUACGACCUGGACAGUCACGGAAACGUGUGCGUGCCUAGCACCAGCACCAGCAACACCGAAAGCAUAAGCUAUACUGGCAGCGAAGAAGGGUCGACUUUUUCCCUAAGCGACGAAGAGAGCAGCGGAAACCCCUUGGAAAACAUCAGCAUAACGUCGAGCAGCGAAAGCCAGGAAACCGCGCAGGGCGUCUUGCACGCAUGCGCUGAUUUCGAGCAGCAAAGUGCGGAUAUGCUGCCCGUCUGCGUUUUGGAUGCUUCCGAAAAUGAAAAUGGUGCAAGCAGCGAAAGUAGCUCGGCGUGCGAGGAGAGUGCAUGCUCAAGCACAGAGUCUGCGGAGAGAGAAGAUGAGAGCAGCGAGUCCUCUGACGAGGCUGAGGGAGGGCAGACCCGUAGCUACGAGGUGCCUUUAUGUGCUGGGCUGGGCGGCGUUGCGCCCAAUUUGAAAGAUGCAAACCUUGUGGGGGUGGAUCUGCAGAACGCAUACAACCAGGUGGUUGAGCUCAUACAGAAAAUGUACGACGAGUGCGGGCUUGUUCACGCCGACCUGUCGGAGUACAACAUGCUGUACUGGAACGGGCUGGUGCACAUCAUAGACGUAAGCCAGAGCGUUGAGCACGACCACCCAAAUGCGCGAGAGUUUCUCCAAAUGGACAUCUCAAACGUGAACCGAUACUUCUCCAGGCUGGGCGCAGUGGUGCACACGGACGAAGAGCUUUUCAAAGAAGUGUACGGAGAUGGAAGCGUCUUGAGGGAGGCCUCUGCCGAGGAGGCGGCCCAGGGGGUGGCCGAAGGGGUCCGGGGCAUGCACCUACAGAAAAAGAGCGUCUUCACAGAAGAAGAGAAGAAGGCUGCAAAAGACAAGCGAAAGCUGCAGAAAAAACAGGUCAAGGAGGAGCGGAAAAAACAGAGGGAAACUAAAAUUUCAAAGAAGGAGAAGAAAAGGCUGAGCAGGAAAGUGCGGAUCUUGAGGGAGAAGAAGAAUAAAUAA